AUGUCAAGACACCCUAUGGUCACUCGUAGUCAAACAAAAAAAAGUGUAUGGGCCUCUGAUAGCUCUACGAAUUAUAAAGCGUGCCAUCAUGCAGGCGAUUUAACAUCGUAUCACGAUGAGGACCGAGCAGUCAUAAAAUUGGGUGGUAUUACACACAAUUAUCUGUAUAACAAGGGUGACAUAUCCGUACCCUUCUAUCUACUACCCGAAUAUCACGACCCACUUCAGAACCCCGUCGACGGUCUGGGAAUUAUAACCCUCGUCGAAAAAUCUACAUUUUUCUUAAUGCUGAACCCCGGCGAAUUUGCUUUCAUAAACAAGGUAAUUUUAAACUAACUUAAAAAAAUCUAAUGUCUUUCAAACCAACUAAAUCUCUCUCUCUCUUUUUCUUAGGAAUUUGCCCGCACACCAGACGCCGCGAAUAAAGAAAAUUGGUCAAGAAUCGCACGCAAAAUAUCUGUACAAGACUGGAACAAUGCACAAACAACGUCAAAAGUUAGAAAAUAUAUAAUAAAGGAUCAAACUGACAAUCUUAUUGUAACUACAACGUAA